AUGGAGCUGCUGGAGCUCGCUGGUUUUUCUAAUGCCUUUCACUUACCUUCUUCGCUGAACCCCGACACCCUGCAAGGAGAGGGAAGGAAAGACACUUCCCACUUUUCUGCUUUUAAGCCGUAGUUUCUGGCCUACUAGUUUGGGCAGUCAACAACAACGGUAGCCCGAGGAUUUAGAGGGAAUAAUCCAGUUCCUUGGACGUCAAAAAACUCUCCGAGAAGAUACCUUCAUAAAACCAGUUAUUGACAAGAAUUUCUUAUGCUUACUGAUCAUCUUGAAGUGUAAUCCGCUUCCAAAACAUAGCUGUUACAUGCUGAAUGUGUCCAAGGAGAUCCGUGGACAACCAGUUCCAUAUCAGUGGAUAGCCGCCUCAAAAAGUUAAGCAUCCACCGCCUAUAUGUACGGAUAUCUAUGUAUGGAAGUUGCAGUCUUGUAACAAUGUUGACCACGUUUGAUAAUGCCCUCAGAGAGAAGCACAGUUGACCUGCAGACCACUGGCCAGAAAAUCUUGAUUCUGUAGUGAUGUUGAUUGUGUCCAUGGCAUAUGCAGCAUGGAUCAUCUAGCUUGUAAAUCUAUGAAUAACAACCGAUCUCAUCAUCCUUCAUUUGAGCAUGUGCCGAUGUGGAAGUCCUCAAGGUUCUGUUCAAGUCCAUGUAUCUGAUGAACAUUCGUGGCAUCUUGUGUACUCUGUUUUCUUAGGCGCUUUACAUUCUCUCUUUUGAUUCAGUCUCUUCUCGACAAUAAUCGCAUGGAUAUAAUAUGAAGUUUGAAGAGAAGAACCGUAAAUAUAUGAACAAUGAUGGGGGCGAGGCUGAAAAGUAUGUGAUGGGACUAAAUGAAAAAUGAUUUACGCCGAUCCAUAGUUGAGUAAUGCCAAAAAAACGAUCUUCGAAGGGUUUUCCAUGACAGAAUAAGCGAUAAAAUGACACAAUUUGCACGUCAUGUUAGUCUUUCUUCUUCAUCUGAAGGUGUUAGAAUCAGUCAGCUUCAGUUUCUCUCCCCUUUUUCUUCAACAAAUGUCGAAGAUUGCUGAAAUUUGAGAAAAUGAUUUUGAUAAUUUCGGAAUGAUAAGGAUGCCCAUGGUUCAUAGAAACAGAAAUAUCUAAUCCGAUUUCAAGGGGAAAUCCCUCUCUUCCCUGAAAUAAAAGAAAAGGUAGAAUAAGUGGGAAACUGACCAAUCUCAUUUCAAUCAGCAGAUUCCUCGUCAACCUGAGAUCCCUAAAGGCACCCAAUCCGUUUCUUACAACUUUCUACUGUUGUUUUGACAUUUUAUCCGAAAAAAUUCCCAAGUUGGUAAUUUUUUUGACUGGUUCGCGUGCUUCUCAUGUGCUAGGAGAAACUCUUUGUCAGGGAAAGAAUUGUAGAUUCCAUUAG